UCCUCCUCUUCCUCCUCCUCCUCCUUCCCCCUGACAAGGACGAACCUCUCCAGAAGCGCACAGGACAAUCUUUAUUUAUUUUCACACCAGAAAAAGAAGGAAAAAAAAGCAAAACAUAAUCGAAUCGAAAGCGGCAAGAUGCUGGCCUGUACGGAGCUCAUCACCAUGUGUCUUCAGUCUGCCAAGCACGAACACUUGAGGAAGCAGCAGGAGCUUGACCACAACCAAAAUCAAGGCGUCCCGUUAUUCCAGGAUAUAUUCCGCCGGGCAGACAAAAAUGAUGACGGGAAGCUGUCCCUGGAGGAGUUCCAGUCGUACUUCACUGACGGCAUCCUCACUGAGGAGCAGAUGCAGGAGCUGUAUCGCUCCAUCGACAGGCAGCAGACAGACAACCUGGACAUAGACAAACUCUCAGAGUACUUCACUCCACAUCUGGGUGAAUACGUCAACGUCCUGUCUGCUCUGGAGAAGCUGAACGUGGCCAUUUUGAAGGCCAUGGAUAAAACUAAAGAGGAGUAUCAGGGCUCGUCAGUGCUGGGUCAGUUCGUGACGCGCUUCCUGCUGAGGGAAACCUCCACCCAGCUGCAGUCGCUCCAGUCGUCACUGGACUGCGCUAUGGAGGCCGUCCAUGACCACGGCUGCACAGGAAGGAGGACGAUGAAGAAGCCAGAGGACCUGCCAAUCCAGAGGAUGCCUAAGAGACCCAGCCGGCGCAUCCAGAAGAACAUGUGUCUCUCCCCUACCGACCCCUACUCUGGCAUGCUCACCACGGGGGUCAGCGUGGAGCCAGACAACCACUGGGGCUCCCAAAUCAACCAGCUGGAGGAACUCAUCGACAAACUGGAGUGUGAGAGUCCACAUCUCGAACCUCUCAAAGAAGACACAUUGGCGGGGACGUAUAAAUCGAACAUCCUUCUGGUCCAGAGACAGAUGUCUGUGAAGGAGAGAGAUGUGGAGCAGUUCCAACAAGCUCUCAAAAUCUACACAGAUGCCACCACCAGCCAGCUAAACAACCUGCACGUUUCGGUCCAGAACCUGCCAGACAGAUCAUGCUUCAUCAUGUAUGAGUUUUGGCAGGACCGUCUCUCCUGGAUGAGCUACCUGCAGUCGUCCAUCAGCAAGACCUUCCAGCGCUGCAUUAUCGACUCCCUGGAAGAGCCAGAAAUGGUCUCCACCAUGCUCCUCCCAGCCUCUUGGUGGAUUAUGAACAACAACUGACGGAGCAAAGCUGCUGCUGCUGCUUCCCAACACAACGAAAGCAGGAGAAGAGGGCGACUGUAUAAUCGCUUUUUUGUUCUUUGAUAUUCCCUUUUUCCUCAUGGCAUGACCAGGAUUGUUUGUUUUUUUUUGCAAAUAUGCUCCUCUUUAAAAAAAAGAGAAUAAUUUUCAGAUGAAAAACGGUGAAACAAACCAAAACCUUGGAUAGAAAGAGCUAAGGUAAAAGUUACAGGGACCUGUGAUGACAGUAUCGGCACAUUUCUUGCUCUCCACAAGAAAUAAUGAUAAAAAAAAAUAAUAAUAAUAAUAACUGCAUGAUUUCUUAUUUCUCAGUGCUAGUUUGUUUCACUCAGAGCUCCAUCUUAGAGUAGAUGCAAUGUCAGCAAUGCCACAACAAAAGAAACACAUGAAACAACGACCGAUCUGCCCAUUCGUCACCUAUUCUUCUUCCAUACAGAUAAAAGAAACAGCGGUAGGGCUAACCUUCCCUCUUGUUCUCUCUGUGGUUUUGUGCUUCGUCUUCUCCUUCAAAGCUUAUUUUGCUGAUUGGUUAGACAGUCAUUAGAUAGAAUGUAGUAAAUAACUGAUCAUCUAAUCUUUUACCAUCCGUGUCACUCCUGCACUUUAGAAAAAAAAAAAAAAACAAGAAACAUGGACCUUAUCGUGAAGAAUGGACAUUUAUCGUAGAUUAGCUAUUGAAAACGUAGAAUUUACUGCUGUUAUAAAAAGCCAAGAGCUGCGCUGAGGCGGUGCGGCGAGACACUAGUGGACGAGAACAACUUACCAAAUGAUUGUGCAGUUUGCCUGUACUGUUAAUCUAGAUAUUAAAAACUCAAAAGCCAUUAUUUUACAGUUGCUGUGUGUAUUCAGAAGAGAUUAACGGUACAGUACACGCAAAUAGAAGUUUAUAUUUUGAGUACAGACGUCAAGCAGGAGCUGUUCUGUGUAAUGACAUUAGCGAGAACAUGUGUUAGUGUCGUGUACACUAUUUAAUGAAAGCUGUAGGAUGUAAGUCAUUGUUGUAGAACACUGGUAAAUGUACAGUACGAUACUAUAUUGAAUUUUUGUUUUUUUUGCUCCGAUCACGUGAGGAAUGAAUGUGUUCACUCUUUUAUUUCAAGUGUUUUCCUUUAUGUAGAAGAUACAGUUAUGUGGAUGCUAUAUUCGUUUUUUUUGGCAUGAAUAAAAGUUUGACAUGGUGAUGACCCUAAAAAGAG